AUGCGUUCCGACGUUCGCAAAGAGCUGGGCUAUGCACUGUUGACGGAACUUCUGGCAUAUCAAUUUGCCUCUCCGGUGCGAUGGAUCGAAACCCAAGAUGUUGUACUCCAUCAACAGAAGUCUGAGCGAUUAGUCGAGAUCGGCCCGUCAGAGACCCUUCUUGGUAUGGCCAAGAAGACGGCGGCGACGAAAUACAAAGUUCACGACGCUGCGCUCGCCCUUCAACGCGAGUACUUGAGCUUUAAGAAGCAUGCAAAGGAACUUUAUUAUGAAUCAGGUGAAGGCGAUGACGUGUCCGACUCGCCUGACAAGUUGAAGCCCACCGAACCGACACCCUUAUCAACCCAGGCUGCAAAGGCUAUUGAACCUACCACAGUCGCCAAUGACGUUAAGUCAGACUCAUCCACACAGAAUGCACUAUCCACUGGUCGGGGCUCAAACAGCAUAGCGGAUAAGCCGCUAUCUGCCAUCGACAUCAUUGUCGCGCUGAUAGCACACAAGUUGAAAAAAUCAUGGAGGGAGCUCGACAGAAAGCAAACUAUCAAGCAGCUGGCUGGAGGCCGAUCGACACUAGAGAACGAGAUUGUGGGAGACCUGGGCGGUGAAUUUGGCUCCGUUCCGGACGCCCCUGAAAAUAUGGAGCUGAUUGAGCUGGCAGCAGUAAUUGAAACUCAGGGGAUGUGGUCCAAGUCGCUGGGCAAGACAACGCAGGCAAUGGUCAACCGGCUGAUGUCGUCCAAAAUGCCGUCUGGGUUGGGCUCGGGCCCUGUACGGGAUCACCUGCGCAGCAAGUGGGGUCUCCCGCCUAGCCGCCAAAGCGCCAUCUUGUUACGCGCCGUCGCCCAACAACCUGCGUCCCGUUUACCCGAUACAGCCGGCGCAUUGGCCUUCCUGGAUAACAUUGUGGCGGAGUAUGCCAGUGACGAGCAGCUCGAUCUGUCAAACACCAGUAGCCCGAGUGGUCAAGUUGGCACGAACACGAAUAUCGUUGUCGACCAAGCAGCCGUUGCCGCGCUGGCCAAGACCCAGGAUGAGAGGACAAACAGCAUUCUGGAGUUGUAUGCGAAGCAACUAGGACACGAUCUCCGAGCAGGAGAUAAGGCAGCAAGUAAGGCUCAGGAGACAAUCUCACAGCUUCAGGACGAGCUGCAAUUAUGGCUUUCCGAGCACGGGGAUAUCUAUGCCUCCGGUAUCAAACCAAUAUUUGCAGCCGAAAAAGCUCGCAAAUACGACUCUUUCUGGAACUGGGCACUACAAGAUUCCAUUGAUUUAUUUUACGGUCUUCUUUCCGGUCGCAUUGAUCUUACUGGGCGUGCCGUUGAGAUCAUGAUGGGUCGGAUCGCUCGGAGAUCGAAUCCAAAGCUUAUCCAGACGCUGAAAUAUUUCAAAAUCCUGCUCCCAGGCGUCGAAAACCCAAGGGCCCUAGACAUCGAAGACAUCCUUGGUCGAUUGAUAACUGCAUGUGAUUCGGGGUCCUCACCACAAUCUUUACAGACGCUUGCAAAUCGUCUUGUCAUCAGUGCUCCCAAGACCAUGAUUGACGGCCAAGGUCGAGUGCAAUAUGCUGAGGUACCACGUUCCGGUAUCGAAGCAACUCCGCCAGUAGAUUUGAAAACUCUGGGCUCACAGGGCUGGGAAACCCGUGCCGAUUUGACCCAAGCAUUCAUAGAGACACUUCGCCUUUCAGAUACACGACCCUUGUCAUUCCAGAAUGCGCAAGUCCUUGUUAUUGGUGCCGGGCGUGAGUCGAUCGGGACAGAGAUAGUCUGCGGUCUACUGAGAGGUGGUGCUAAAGUACUAGUCACGACCAGCAACUAUUCUUUGGCAACUACACAGCGCUAUCAACAGAUGUAUGCCAAGGAAGGAGCGAGUGGAUCUCAUCUCAUUGUUGUACCUUUCAAUCAAGCCAGCCAGCAAGACAUCGAGUCACUAGUCUCAUACAUAUACGACAGUGAAAAGGGCCUUGGUUGGGACCUUGAUCAUGUUAUCCCGUUUGCUGCCAUUCCCGAGGGAGGGAGAGAAAUUGACAGUAUUGAUUCGAAGUCGGAAUUAGCACAUCGCAUGAUGUUAACGAAUACAUUGAGACUCCUUGGAUCUAUCAAGCGCCAGAAGGAUAUGAGAGGUUUUGAUAGUCAUCCAGCCCAAGUUAUCUUGCCAUUAUCUCCUAACCACGGUGUGUUUGGCGGAGAUGGCCUUUACCCAGAGUCUAAAAUUGCUCUAGAGACCCUGUCGAAUCGAUGGAGAUCAGAGUCCUGGGGCAAUUACCUAUCGAUAUGUGGAGCAAUAAUUGGCUGGACUCGUGGAACAGGUCUAAUGAAUGCCAAUAAUUCUGUCGCCGAAGAUAUUGAGAAGCUAGGAGUGAGAACCUUUUCGCAGGUCGAAAUGGCCCAUUACAUUCUCAUCCUCAUGUCGCCACCAAUUGCUGCUGAGUCCGAGAUUACACCAGUCAGCGCAGAUUUAAGUGGGGGAAUGGGUCAUUUCCCAGACUUUAAGGGUGCAGUAAGCUCCAUUCGUCAACAUCAGAAGGAAGUCAGUGAGAUUCGAGAAGCCCUAGCAAAGGAAGAGGAGAUCGAACGUCUGUCCCUUACAAGGGAGCCGAUUGCGGGAUUGGUGGAAACCAGACAGCCCAAAGCGAGGAUUGAUAUGCAGUUCCCACGACUUCCUGACUACAAGGCUGAAAUUCUACCCCUUGCACGAGAUCUAAGAGGAAUGGUCGAUUUGGAGCGAGUAGUCGUGGUCACUGGCUUUUCUGAAGUUGGCCCAUACGGAAACUCUAGAACUAGAUGGGAGAUGGAAGCUUAUGGCGAAUUUUCCCUCGAAGGCUGUGUUGAGAUGGCUUGGAUGAUGGGUCUAAUAAAACAUCAUAACGGACCACUUAAUGGACGCGCACAUUACCAUGGCUGGAUCAUUGUGGAAACCAAAGAACCGAUCCAGGAUCUUGAUAUCAAGAAAAGAUUUGAACAGCAUAUCUUAAAUCACUCUGGAAUACGGCUUAUUGAACCGGAAAUCAAUGAUGGCUACAACCCAGAAAGAAAGAAAUUUCUCCAGGAAGUACUUCUUGAAGAUGACAUGGCUCCAUUUAAGGCAUCGAAAGAAGUAGCAGAGCAGCUUCAACUUGAGCACGGAGACAAAGUGGACGUCAUACCAGAUGGAGAAGACUUCACUAUUAGGUUGCUCAAGGGGGCUUGCUUAAUGAUACCCAAGGCCUUAAGAUUUGAUAGAGCGGUCGCUGGGCAGAUUCCGACGGGAUGGGAUGCUCGAACCUAUGGGUUUACGGAUGAUCUGAUCAACCAAGUAGAUCCUGUGACUCUAUAUGCGGUCAUAUCGACUGUUGAAGCCCUUCUUGGUGCAGGAAUCACUGAUCCCUUCGAGAUUUAUCGAUACUUGCAUGUAUCAGAGAUCGGAAACUGCAUUGGGUCCGGAUUGGGCGGCGUCAAAGCUUUACGAAAGCUUCAUAAAGAUCGCUUUGUUGAAAAGCAGGUCCAAAACGAUAUACUUCAAGAAUCUUUCAUCAACACAACAGCUGCCUGGAUUAAUAUGCUAUUGUUGUCUUCUACGGGUCCCCUUAGAACUCCUGUUGGCGCCUGCGCAACUUCUCUCGAAUCCCUUGAAUGCGGAUUUGAAUCAAUCGUAUCAGGGAAAGCCAAGAUGUGUUUGGUUGGUGGCUUUGAUGAUUUUUCCGAAGACGUUUCGUAUGAAUUUGCAAAGAUGAAGGCCACUGUUAGCAGCGAAGAGGAGAUUAAGAAAGGUCGCGACCCUCGAGAGAUGUCUAGACCAGCAGCUUCGACUCGCUCCGGCUUCAUGGAGUCCCAAGGCAGCGGAGUACAAAUAAUUACAUCUGCACAGCUUGCAUUGGAUAUGGGACUUCCUAUACAGGGAAUCAUUGCAUGGGUUGGCACUGCUAGUGAUAAGAUCGGGCGGUCGGUUCCUGCACCAGGGAGAGGCCUUUUGACUAAUGCGCGAGAAGCACCCUUGGCCAUACGCUCCCCAAUGCUUGAUAUCUCAUAUAGGAGACAGCGUCUUAUGAUCGCUCUUGAUCGCAUAGAAGAGCGUGUUGCUGACGAAAUCAGUGCUGCCGAGCAAGAGAAGGAGCUUCUCAAACGUGGUUCUCGUCCUUCAGCGCAACAGAGGCUUGAAGAGAUAACUCAACGCAUUCGCUACAUACGUCAGGAAGGUGUCCGUCAGCAAAAAGAUGUCUUGAACCAGUACGGAAAUCACUUUUGGAAAAAUGAUCCAGAGAUAUCGCCUCUCCGCGGAGCACUAGCAACAUGGAACUUGACCAUUGAUGACUUGGAUGUGGUAUCAUUCCACGGCACGUCCACGGUCCUAAAUGAGAAGAAUGAAGUGGACAUUGUCCAGAGGCAGCUAAAACACCUCGGAAGGACCAAAGGAAACCCUGCCCUUGGAGUAUUUCAAAAGUACCUUACGGGACAUUCUAAAGGUGCGGCUGGAGCGUGGAUGCUCAAUGGUGGCCUCCAGGUGCUUAAUAGCGGCUUAGUGCCAGGCAAUCGGAAUGCAGACAAUAUUGACUCGGCUCUUCAAAAUGACUACAUUGUAUAUCCGAGUCGUAGCAUUCAGACAACAGGAGUUAAAGCAUUUUCAGUGAUGUCCUUUGGCUUCGGUCAGAAGGGUGCUCAGGCACUGGGUGUGCAUCCAAAGUAUCUCUUCGCCACGCUGGAUGAAGCGACCUACGAAGGUUAUCGAGCGAGGUUACAGUUGCGCCAACAAAGAGCUGCUCAGUAUUUGCGUUCUGGAAUUGCAAACAACGCUCUCUUCACAGCCAAGGAAAAACCUCCGUAUCAUGACGCGGAGGAACACCAAGUCCUACUCGACCCAACCGCUCGAUUGAGCGAAGGAUCGAGCAAUAGUUUCACAUAUGGCAUGAACCUGGGAAAGGGGGACGAUAAAUUUGAUAAUGGAAUUUGA